AUGGUCUCUCUCCCAUACACCUCCUCCGACCUCUCUUUUACCCGCUCUCUAGCAAAAGUAGAGCUCCACGCCCACCUAAAUGGCUCCGUCCGUCGCUCCACUCUCGCCUCCCUCGCCCUCGCCCAAGGCCUAUCCCCAGACGCGAUCAUCGCCUCUUCCCAAAUCCUCCCCGGGGACACCCGUUCUACCAGUGCGCAAUUCUCCGUCUUUCACCUCGCACACAAGUGUAUUAGGGGAGCAGAGGUGGUGAGGAGAGUGACUAGGGAGAUUUUGGAGGAUUGGUCUGAAGAUGGAGUGGUCUAUGCGGAGAUGAGGACGACGCCGCGGGCGCAUGAGGAGGUGGGGUUGAGCGUAGAGGGGUAUGUGCAGGCUGUUCUGGAUGGGUUCCGUGACCAUCAAGAAGGGAGCGCUUCCUCUUCCUCUUCAUGUCAUGCCCGCUUGAUCCUUUCGAUCGAUCGGAGAGAUGGCGCCGAGGUGGCCGAGCGCACAGUAAAUCUAGCGCUGCGCCAUCGCUCUCAAGGCGUCAUUGGUAUCGACCUCAGCGGUGAUCCUACUCUGGGUCAGUGGUCCAACUGGGAACCAGCAUUACGCCGCGCCCGAAGCGAAGGACUCAAAGUUACCAUCCAUGCUGGCGAGGUACCGGACGCAGACGAAGAGACUUCCCAGAUCCUUUCCUUCCAUCCCGAUAGACUCGGACACGUAUGUUACCUUUCUCCAAGUAAUGCCAAGAAGCUCGAGGAAACCCAACCGAAGAUCCCGCUGGAGCUCUGUCUCACCUCGAAUCUACUCGUAUGUCCACAAAUCGUACCGGAGUAUUCUGCCCAUCACUUUGCGAAACACUAUGCACAAGAACACCCAGUCGCGCUGUGCACGGACGAUACGGCUGUUUUUGGGAGCAGCUUGAGUCAGGAGUACGCCAUUGCCAUGCAGGCAUUUGGUUUUUCUAGGGAAGAGACGAAACGGAUCGCAAGAGACGCCUUGCAGGCUUCUUUCUUGGACAGGAACGAUCCGCUGUGGGCUGAGCUGGAGAGGGUGGUAGGGCAAGAGAUGACAAUGUAGACGCGGCUGGCUGGCUGGACCCGCCGAAAAUUGCGAGGAUGAACUCAUCGAGUCACACCACUUGUAGAUCAGUUUACUUUAGAUUGCACAAUGAAUCUCACGUCAGUAUGAAUGAGAAUAUGCAGAUACAAGCG